CCCUUCUCCCUGCAACCGUAAGGAAACCCUAGCUCUUCCACUCCCCUUCUCUCACGCCCAAAACAGGGCAAAUUAAAUUUUCAAAAUCAAUCAAGAAAUUGACUAUAAAAAUCGCCACUGCGGUAGUUCGACGAUUCAAAAUUUCCAGAUUCGGAAGGUUGGUGUGCAAUCACGUGCGUGAUGUUGGCGGUUUGCAGACUAUAAUCGAAUUCUUGUUGCUGCUUGGAUCCCGAUCUGAGAAUGUGCUAUGGAAUUUAGGAAAUUUUCGGUUGCCAUCUUUGGUGAUUGGAUUGCGGUUUAGUGGAUGGAACAUAGGGCAGGAGAUUGCAAUGGAGAGGAAAUUCCCAAAAAAACGAGAUCUCUUGAUCUUAAGAGUCUUUAUGAAACAGAGGGUUCAAAAGAGGCCCCAGGUAAGAAUUUGAAGCGGAAAGGUGGUGUGGAAGAUGAUGAUGGCGAUGUGAAAAGAAAUAGCAAGAGGAAGAAGAGUAGGAAGGCAGUGUCUAUUAAUAGAUUAAAGACUGUUACUGGCAAUGGCAGCAAGAGUUUGGAAGAAGUCUACAAUGGCAGCUUGACUUCAGUUUCAUUCGAUUCGAGGGACUCGAAGUUGUGUUUGAGUCAGAAGUCGAAUGACAGUGUUGGGCUCAAUGGGGUUUCACUAGCUUUGGAAGAUGAUGUUGUUAAAGUUCCGAGGCGGAAGCGAGGUAUUGUUAGGCGACGGAAAGUUGAGAAUGGCGGUGCAGUGUUAAAGCUCGAAGAUAAGAACGAAAAACUGGGUGAUGUUGAGGUUGGUAAGGGGACACCUGAUCAGGAUAAUGUGAAUCCUGUAGAUAAUGGCAAACAUUUUGAAUCUUCUAAGCUUAAAAGGAAGAAAAGACCAGAGGAUUUCAAGGAAAAUAGAACCAGUGAAUCCAAUUCAGUUAGAGAUGUGAAGGAAGAGGCUGGUCAAGAUGAACUCUCAAUUGUAAAAAAUGGCGAGUCUUCCGCCAAGAUUACCCCUACUGGUCAUUCAGCUGAAAAUGCUCAGGAUCACCCUUCAAAUGGGUCUCUUAGGAAGCGGAGCAGAAAAAGGAAGAACAAAGUGUCAGAUGUAAGAAGUCCAUCAAAGGAGGCUGAGCCUUCAGGCGAAAGAUCUGUCAAGAUUGUUGACAAGGUUGGACGUGAGGAUGAAGAAGAGAAUCUAGAAGAGAAUGCUGCAAGAAUGCUGUCCUCACGGUUUGAUCCUAGCUUUACUGGAUACUUGUCGAAGAAGAAACUCUCAUCGUUACCACCUACCAAUAGCUUGAACCAUCAAUUGUCUUCUGGCAAAAAAUUUGUGCCUCGAGGAGAUAGUUAUGCUUCUGGUUCAGAUUCUGCUUCCGGCGAUGGUGCGGUUAGAGUUUUGCGACCGAGAAAGCUGUUCAAAGAGAAGGGUAGUGUUAGGAAGAGACGUCAUUUUUAUGAAAUUUUUUCUGGUGAACUGGAUGCACACUGGGUAUUAAAUAAGAGAAUCAAAGUAUUUUGGCCUUUGGACGAAAGUUGGUAUUAUGGCCUUGUUAGUGAGUAUGACAAAGAGAGAAAACUUCAUCAUGUCAAGUAUGAUGACCGUGAUGAAGAGUGGAUCAAUCUUCAGAAUGAGAGGUUUAAGCUCUUACUGUUCCCUUAUGAAGCACCAGGUAGAAACCACCGAAGAAGAUCUGUGCCAAGGAGGAAACGCUCCACUGUAAGUGAAAGUAAAUUGAACCACAGCAAAGAUAGCAAGAAAAAAAUGACCGUAGAAGUUGAUAGCUUGGUUGGCAAUCAUAUGGAUUCAGAGCCCAUCAUCUCGUGGCUGGCUCGAUCAUCUAGAAGAGUGAAAUCUCCUCCAGUUUGUGUUCCAGAGAAGGAGAACGAGUCAUGUGAACACCCUUGUUGUGGGUUAUCUUUGACUAGGAAUACUAUGGAUGGUUGUGACUGCAAGGAUGGAAGGUCUCUGAAUGUUGGAACUGCCAGAACUACCUCUAGUUCUACUCUUCCAGAUGAACCAACCACAUCUAGAAGUGUGUUCCAUGCCACAGUGAGUCCUUUGUCUAACGACGACAAAAGGCUUCCAGUUGUCUACUACAGGAGGCGGUAUCGUAAGAAAAAAGUAUUGUUAUGUCAUGAUUCUAAAGUCAAUCGUAUGAGUAUUGGUGCUCCGGGUCCUGAUACUUGUGGUACUUCAUUAUAUUCCGAAGUGGCAUUUGACAAGUUGCUGCCUGUGGAUUCACUGUGGUCAAUUGGUAGCACUGGAAUUUUGAAAUUGAAUUUCUCAAUGAUACUGUCAAGAAAUUUCACAUUUAAGUUGAGUUGCCCAGUGCCGUCUUUCCAGAGUUGCUCUUUCAGUAAGUUGAGCAUCUAUUUGUGCCAUGCUAUAUUGGUACUUAAGUUUGGGAAACUGAUGACUAUAUUGCCAAGGGUUCAGCUGGAGAUGCUUAUUGUGGAUAAUUUAGUGGGAUUGAGGUUUCUACUAUUUGAAGGAUGCUUGAAGCAAGCUGUGGCAUUUGUUUUUGUGGUCCUGGACAUAUUUGGUCAACCUGAUGAACCUGGGAAGUCCAUCCACUUAGAGUUGCCAGUGACUUCAAUAAGAUUCAAGUUCUCUUGUGCUAAUUUUGUUGGGAAGCAGCUUGCUUUCCUGUUCCAUAAAUUCUCCGAACUUGAAAAUUCAAGGUGGAUUCACCUGAAUCGUAAAAUAAACAAGUACUGCAUACUUUCUCAGCAACUACCUCUAUCCCAAUGUACUGACAAUAACAUUAAGGAUCUGCAAAAUGGUACAAAUGGGCUGCUUGCUUCUGCUUUGAAUGGCACCAGAACGGUUAAGGGAUUCAGCAGGAGGUCCAGUCAGCGCAUUAGUUUCAUGAAUGUUCCUGGAGAGCCUAUACGGGGCAAAACUAUUCACUCUUUUGACCCUGAUAGGAAUCAAAGGUCUCCAAUGUCUCUCUCUUUUACUGCUGCACCUACCUAUUUUCUAGAUCUUCAUCGCAGAUUGCUUAUCGAGCACACUCUGACGCACAUCAGUUUUCAAGAUCAUGGCUCGGGGGGAAAUCCUCAAACCAGUGGGAGGUUGCUAGUGGAGGACCAGUCUUGUGUGGUAGAGUGCCCAAGUACAACUCCUAAAAGCAAUUCUCGCAACAUACUCAAGGCCGUGUCAAGGGACAAGGGUUCUGAUAAAGUCUCUACAGCUCAUUUGAGGGACAAGGUGAAUUCCUCUUUGGAUCCCAAAUGCGGUACCACAGUUCCUACAUCCUCUGUUAUUGAGAAGCCUGUGAAUAUGAGUAAUGAUGGCAGUUAUGAGUUGCCACUUCAGCCUUUGGAUUCUGUGCAGCACAAAAUAUUGUGCCGGACAUCUGCUGGAGAUGAAGCCAAGUUACAUACGGAAUUCCCUUCCCCUUCUCUUCGUAAUGGAAUCACAGUUGAAAUUCCUUCUGAUAAAAUUGAUAAACAUGUUGAUGGGGACUCACAUGUGCAACAAUCUUGUGGCGAUUUGUCAUGGAAUUUGAACAGUGGUAUUAUUCCCAGCCCAAAUCCUACUGCACGUAGAAGUACAUGGCAUCGAAAUAGAAGCAGUUCAGCUUCGUUUGGAGGCUUUGCGCAUGGAUGGUCAGAAGGAAAGUCCGAUUUUCUGCAGGGUAACUUUGGUAAUGGACCAAAGAAGCCACGCACACAGGUGAAUUAUGCUAUGCCUUUUGGGGGGUUUGAUCUUAGCUCCAGAGGUAAAGGUCAUCAGCACAAAAUGCAUCCACAUAAGCGGUUUAGGACUUCAAAUGAGAGGAGGUCUUCUGAUGCUUCUAGGGUCCCCGAAAAGAACCUAGAUUCUUUGUCUUGCAAUGUAAACCUUUUGCUAACUGUUAGUGAUAAAGGUUGGAGAGAGUCUGGGGUACAGGUUGUGCUGGAACUUUUUGAUCACAGUGAGUGGAGGCUUGCUGUGAAGCUUUCUGGCAGCACAAAGUACUCAUACAAGCCACAUCAAUUCCUGCAGCCUGGGUCAACAAACCGGUUUACACAUGCUAUGAUGUGGAAAGGAGGAAAAGAAUGGAUAUUGGAGUUUCCUGACAGGAGCCAGUGGGCUCUUUUCAAAGAGAUGCAUGAGGAGGGUUAUGAUCGGAAUGUACGGGUUGCAUUAGUAAAAAAUAUUCCAAUUCCCGGUGUUCGAUUGAUAGAGGAAAAUGAGGGUCAUGUAUCAGAAGCAUCAUUUCUGAGAACGUCUAAGUACUUUUGUCAGGAGGAAACAGACGUUCAGAUGGCUUUGAACCCAUCCAGAGUUCUUUAUGAAAUUGAUAGUGAUGAUGAGCGUUGGAUUUCAGAAAAUGAUAGUGUCCUAAAAGUUCAAAGUGGCAGUACCAUGGAGAUUUCUGAAGAUAUUUUUGAGAAAAUCAUGGAUACGUGUGAGAAAGCUGCCUAUUCUCGGCAAUGUGACCGUUUAACUGCUGAAGAAGUAAAUGAUCUCAUGGUUGGUGUAGGGUCUCUGGAAGUAAUCAAGAUGGUUUUUCAGUACUGGCACCAGAAGAGAAGUAGGAAGGGAUUGCCACUGAUCCGGCACCUUCAGCCACCGUGUUGGGAAAGAUAUCAACAAGAAGUGAGAGAGUGGGAGCAAGCGAAGGCCAAAAGUGUCCCUUUAAAUGGUUGCUCUAAGAAGGUUGCUCAAAACGAGAAGCCACCAAUGUUUGCAUUCUGCCUGAAACCACGUGGUCUGGAUUUACGCAACCGAGGGUCAAAGCAUAGGUCACAUAAGAAACUCUCAGUUUCUGGGCAAAGCAAUACCUUCUCUGUUUAUCACGACGGUUUUCAUGCUUACGGUAGACGAAUGAAUGGCUUUGCAUCUGGCGACGAGAGGGUUUUACAUUUGGGACAGAAUUAUGACUUCAUGGACGAUUCUCCAUUGCCACAGAGAUCUCCGAGAUUUUUCUCACCAAGGGAAGCAGAUGCAGGCAGCUUGGGUUACUUUUACCCCAAUCCUCAUAGAUGUCACCACUUGCAGAAGAAAUUUCAGAGGAGCAAAUCGAAAAAAGUGGCGGGGACUUCAACUCUUUCCCCCAUGGGACGUCCUAUGAUCCCUUCAUUCAAUCAGCGCAUGUUUGUGAAAAGGAACAAUGGCUUACAUCAAUGGCCAAACCAGCGACAACCUGACCACCACCUAGAUUGGUCUCUUCAGCAUGAUCCUUACAAGUUGGAAGGCUCGGAUCUCGAAGAAUCACGGACUCGUGAUGCAUCCGGUGCAGCUCAGCAUGCUCUCAAGGUGGCUAAGUUCAAGAGAGAGAAAGCUCAGAGACUACUUUGUAGGGCUGAUUUAGCUAUCCACAAGGCUGUUGUUGCCUUGAUGACAGCUGAAGCUAUUAAGGCAGCUUCCUCAGAGGAUGCGAACGAUGAUGACAUGUGAUGAUAUGCGAGGUUUGGAAUUCUUCAAGAACUUUGGCAGCUAGAGGGUUGUCUGUAGACUCGGCAUUCAGUUUGCCCCCUAGUGAAAGAGCGGGGCAAUGGUGGUGGUGAUGGUCUUGCACCGAGGUACACAUCGCUUGGCUACUCUCUUGGUGGUUUCGUGACCCCGGUUCGAUGUCGCACUGAUGAUCCAUCCUGGAGGUGACUGGUGAGAGAGAGGUGUUGCUGGAAUUUUGGGCCUGCCAAAUCUUUUUUUGUACAGAUUUUUUCCCACUCUUCUUCCUCUUUUUUCUUUUUGCUUUCUCCAGGGUUUUCACUGUUUCUUCUUUCUUCCCCUUCUUUAGCCUUGAUGCCUGGGAUAGGAGCUCUAGCCGAAAUAAUACACCACCCCUUAGUUUGAUAACAAAGAAAGAGAGGAGGUAUAAAGCAAAAGGUAUGAGAAAGAGUUGCCUGUUAGAUGGAUUGAAAUGCUGCUGCAGGUUUCAGGGAGCAUUUUGCUCGUUAAAAAAGAAAAAGAAAUUAAUUUUUAGGGUUAGGGAUAUGUACCAAUGAUGAAGAACACGGUCUCUGGGAAUAGUGCAGGAAAAGGGGGAACAAGUUGUGUAAGUAAAUUAUCUUUUUUUUCUUUGUUCUUUCUGAUUUUUCAGAGGUGGAAUUGGUGGCAAAUGAAAGGAGAUCAUGUUGCUGAUAUCUGAUGUCCCUAGCUUACUGUUAGUUUCAUUUAUGUUGUACUGCUUCUGCUUUGAAUCAGUCUGUUAUGCCGCAGCUGGAGCAGACUUGCUGCUUUAGUCGUUGCUGAACGCCCCCCACUUCAGCGUAAUAACGCGAUUCAUGUUAUUCUCGCCUCACUUUCGACCUUUUGAUGUUGCAGCACUUGUAAUGGAGUUGAGGUAGGAUCUAUGAUGGUGAAUGUGGUUUGCAGUACGAGGAAUGGAACUGAUGGUAAAUGAGUUAAAUUUCUUUGGUGAAAUUUAUAGAGGGUUAUGAAUGACAGUAACAAGUCAAGAUGUAGUAUCACAUUGAGAU